GCCUUGUUUACAUCGUCUAGAAAUCGUCGAAGUUUAGUUUAGCAUCAAAAUGGUAAGUUUUGACAAAAUUUGUUCAAUUAAUUCACCACUUUCGUUAUCAAACCAUGCUUUAAACGUUCUUAAAUAACGCUGUGUUCUUGUUUUUUUUUUAGGGUGAAAGAAAGGCCGUUAAUAAAUACUACCCACCGGACUGGACUCCGGAGCAGGUCGGUUGAAAUUCAUUUCGCGUCGUGAUCAACUCGAUGCGUUAAUGCGUGAUAGUUUUUUAACUCAAAUAUAACUUCUAGGGCCUUUAUCCUGCUAAUGUAUAUACCUUGUUCGACAACGACCUGUUUAAACAAAAGAUUCGUUUGUCUCGUUUAUGGUUCAUCACCUUUUGGUUUGGUUCAAACUCAAAUUUUGGUUUUGUAUCAAAACUCAAAUAAUCCAUCGUCGUCGUCAUCAAGACCAUCAUUAUCAUCAUCAUCAUCAUCAUCAUCACCAUCAUCAUCAUCAUCAUCAUCAUCAUCAUCAUCACCAUCACCAACCAUCAUUCACCAUACCAUAAUCACCAUCAUCAUCAUUUAUCACCAUGAUCAGUCAUCACCAUCACCAUCACCAUCACCAUCAUCCUCAGCCAUCAUCAUCUUCAUUCAUCAGGUCCAUCACCAUCACCUAUCAAAUCAUCAUCAAAUAAUAAGAUCAAUAUUAACAUCAUCAUUUUUGAGUCAAAUUAUCAUCCUCUGUUUUCUUCAUUAAUAAGGUCCUGGGUUCAUCUUGACUAUUUGAUAAAACUUUGGACAGGGUUCACUUGACAGAUACCAUGGACAGCAUCCACUGCGUGAGAGAGCAAGAAAGCUUGGCCAAGGGAUCCUUAUCAUUAGGUAUAUAUGCCGUUUUACUCUUUAUAGAUAGGUCCAAAGAAAUAGUUUUCAACAUGGUCUGAGGUCAGCAGGGGUGUAGUGUGAGAUUUUGAAGGUGUGUGCACAGGAAUGUUAUGGGAAGGUCUAGGGCCAUGCUUCCAUAGAAAAUUUUACAAUUUAGGGUCUUGGUCCUGCGAAGUUCUGCAGGACAUUUUCAGUAAAUAAAUGCAAAGUAAAAUGCAGUAGUUAUGUACAGUGUUACGGAAAAAAGAGUAAGACAGAGACGCCAUCAAGGAGGUUACACGUAAGCAAAGGGCGAGAUGCCUACUGUUCAAAUGGGCAAACUCUGUUACAACACCAUCAAUAUCGUUGUCUGUUUAUUGAAUAAUAAGAAGCUAAAGGAAAAUAAAACUAACACUUACAGUGCAAAAAAAAAUUUCACUCAUCCAAAUUCAAUGAUAAAAAUACUUUCAGGAAAAAAGAGAAAUUUUUGCAGACUUCAGCUGUACGCAUGAGGGUAUGUGCGUAUGUGGACACUAUGCUCCUGGACAGGCGAGAAUACCCAGUAAAUAAAGAAAAUACAUUAGCAAAUGAAAUUGUUUACCACUACUUCCUACAAAAAGCAGUCAUGAUACAUUAUACAUUUCUGAAAUCAACUCUUGAUGAAUUAUGUCAUUAAAUAUUUUAGUGAUUCUUUCAUCCGCCAUGGUUAAAUGGAUUUUGUCCAGUGGCGGGUUCUAGUUAUGAAUCCAAAACGGUUUUAAUACUAUACGUAUUUUUAUUAAAAGUGUUUUCCAUUCUCUUUUAGAUUUGAAAUGCCAUACAAUAUUUGGUGUGGGGGAUGUGGAAACCAUAUUGGAAUGGGUGAGUGUAUGUUGCAUGACAACAUUUCUGAUAUAUACUGUGAGGCACUUAAUUUUUGCUGAAGAAAAACCACCUCAAAAUUUAAAGUAAUGUGUGUAGGCAGUGCAUCCAUGAUACCUAGGGGGCAAUUUUUGGUCCCCAUCCCCCCCCCCCCCACUCUUGGAGCUUCCACAGAAUCCUGUGUCCUUGCUUGGCUUGCUGCUCCAUCAGAAUUCUCUAUUAAUGGUGGCAUUUCAUACCCUAGGUGUACGCUACAAUGCUGAGAAGAAGAAAGUUGGUAAUUACUACACAACACCCAUUUAUAGAUUUCGGAUGAAAUGUCAUCUGUGUGAUAAUCAUUUUGAAAUCGAAACAGAUCCCAAGGUGAGUCCUUUAAUCCCCAAUAUCCACAUUCAAAUUCUCCCGACUGAUCUCCAUAUAAAUUAUUUCCUAUGAUAAUAAUAAUAAUAAUAAUAAUUCUUUUGAUGAUGUAUGGAUGUUGUUAGGGGUAGAUUGAUGUUGGUGUACAUGUGUCUCUUGUGAUUUUUAUUGUAUACGACCCAAGUGAAAAUUGAGAAAUGCAUACUCCAUUUUUAUAAAUGCUUUUUUGCACUUAGAACUGUGAUUAUGUAAUUGUGAGCGGUGCCAGGAGAAAAGAAGAAAGAUGGGAACCAUCUGCAACAGAAACUGUAGAGUUGACAGGUACUGUGGAUUUUAGGCAUCUCCACUUACUCUUGAACCUUGAGAGGAACAAAUGAAUAUAUAAGAUCUAAACACACAGGACAAUGAAUAUACAGAAUAAGGAUGCAAAGUCAUUUUGUCUGAGAAACACACAGGAUGCGCCAAGGUCUCGUUUAGGGUUCCUCAAAGAACUUGGAUUAGUGACAAUGCUUUUUAAAAACUACUAUUAAAACAGAAUGAGGAUGAUCAUUAAAAAUAAAUGCGGUCUCUUUUAGGGGUCAAAAAAUCAGACAGGUGAGAAUGUGAGAGGUGUACAAGGGAUGAAAAGAAGUGGAACCUCUCUCCUCCCUGCCUCCUUCACCUUUUCAGGGUUUUCGACAGUUUUUUAAAGGAGGGAACAUAUAUCUGAAAGCACUGGAUGCCGAAGAUGUGAGCUACUUAGGGGGGUCUGGGGACAUGUUUCCCUGGGAAAUCUUUAAAAAAAGAACACUCAGAAAUGCUGUUUCUAGAGUUUCUGGAUCCCAAGAAUCAGUUUCCCACGGAAGGCUGGAGUUCACUCAAAUUGUCUUUAUAAAGUAAAAUUUUAAAUGAAAUUGGACAGUUGGUAGGGGAACAAGGAGGGGGAAAUGGCAGUAAGCUGCCUAAGUAAAAAAAAUUAUGAUCAUAAAAAAACCCUCAAAUAUUGGCAUCAAAGUCAAGGCAUAGAAUUGCCAACAACCAGACAAAAUGUCCAGUCUCUGGCCUCAAAUGAAAACCCUGCCUGUUAUGGGGUGAAAUCUGCUUUGUUCCACUCCCUUUUAAGUGACUACAAUUUAGCAAGUUGUUAGCAGGCAAUAGCAACAAGUCAGUCUGCCAAAAAUUAGCUCGAUCCUGCAACAAAAUGAAUUUCACCCUUAAAAAGGAAGCCCUUUGAUAAGCAAACCCAUUUGUUUUUUUUAUUAUUAUUCAGACAGGGAGGAUGCCAAAAAGAUGGCAACAGAUCCAAUGUUUAAACUGGAGCAUGGAGUUAAAGAUCAAGAGAAAUCAAAAUCAGUUCAGCCUACUCUCGGCCAACUGCAGGUAAAUGUCUACAAGAUACAGUACAUUAUCAUCCAAGGCCUGGUUCAGACUUCACUCCACUCAUGUGCCCUACCUCACUGAUGUAAGUACGGCAAAAGAGUGGUGUCUGAAAAUAAAAUCAAUUUGGCACUGCAGUUUCAGUUUGGUGUGGCAAAAGCAUUAAGUUCAACAGAGUCUGUCAAACUUUUGUUGAACUUAACUUAGGCUCAACACAUGGUGCGUCGUCUGAAUCAGAUGUCGCACCAGUGUUGCUUCAAAGUCGAAAUUAUUCAGCUACGUUCGGCACAUGAAAAGUGUCUCAACCAGGCCUUACUCUGUCUUUUGACAGCAUCAACGCUAUGGCAACUGGACAAUUUUGUACUUUUAAGAAGCUUGAGAAAACAGGCAAUUCUUAUUAAAGGGAACCUCCACUUCAACAAAAAGAUAACUUUAAAACACAGGAAAUAACAGGUUACAGUCAAGUCAAUCUAAAAUAUUUUUAAAGAAAAAUGACAUCUAUUUUUGAAAUUUUAAACAAAUUGUGACGUGUUAUGGUUCCAUUGUUAUUGAUGAUGUCAGAACAAUAGAGCAACCCAGAUUUGGCCAUCUUGAAUAAUUAUUAUUCAAGAGAUUGGCGAUUUUAAAAUUCACUUUUCCUGAUAUAUACACUUUUUUUAAGGACAAAUUUCGAACAAAUUUGUUUAUCAACAUAAUUUUAUUCGAUUUAAACUUAUUCUGUAGUAAUAGUGGAGGUUCCCUUUAACACUGCCUCUGGUUUCCCCACUAAAUGACAUCUGAGAAAUUAAACAAGAAGAAAUUCCAUAUCAUGAAGAAAUUUGCUUCAACCAAGUGAAUAUUGUGCAUCAUCAAGUAUGGAGGGAUGUCAUGUAUUGUCAUCAAGAAAUGUCAACUGUUUUCUCGGGCUAACUUUUUAAGUAGUGAAAUAAGAAAAGUGGCUUUAAAAAAACACUAAACAGGUUCUUUUUAACUAGUUGCAUGAAAACUCAUUGUUAGUGAAAAAUAACCAAGCCUGAUAUAGUCAAACCCUGUUUAUAAUAUGGUCAGUGAAGGGGUUAUAGAAGGCGUCCGUACUGAUCGUGGUGUCCAUAUUAAGCAGGUAUCCGUAAAGCGGGAAGUUUUCGACUCUAUCUACAGUGGUGUAUCCAGACCUUCAGACAAGGGGGGCGGUCAUCAAGACCCUGAGAUUAGGGGAGGGGCCUGGUCUUAAAAAAAUAUUUUUUCGGCCGUUCAGGUCUCAGUUUGGUCUAAAAAUAAGGGGAGCCCCCAGGCCCCCUGGGCCCCUCCUCUGGAUCCGCCACCGAUCUAUUACUCGUGUGCUUCCCUUCUAAGAAUUUGAUCGCAAAAAAGUACUUGCUCAGAAUAACAAGAAAAAUAAUUAACUUGGAAAACAUUUUCUAAAGGACGUUCAGUCAGUGUGGAAGGAUGAUUAUGCUGCUAAUCAAUUGCUAAGGAAGAAAUUCCGAGAGACUAAGCGUGAAGUGAAAGCUCAAGAGAUGAAGGACAGUGAGCUGAAGCAAAGAGCAGCAUUAGAUGUGGCUCUUGUGCCAGAGAGACUGGAGGAUAUUGAACUGGCAAAGAAAAUAAGAUAUCAUGGAGAAGGUAAUAAAUAAUAGUAAUAAUAACAUAUUUAACCAGGGUAAACCCGUCAGCUGAAGCUGUUAUUAAUGGGUGCCCUGGGCCACUAAAAAAUUAACAAUUAAAGAAAAAAAUAACUGUAACAGAACAACUAUCAGAAAAAUGUAACAACUAAGUACAAUGACGAUGGAUAAAAACUAAGAAUUAUAUAACUACGUAAAUUAACACUCUAAAAAGCUCCAAAAUAUUUACAAGAACUCUAAAAAAGAAUAUCAUUAAGAAGUGUUUUAAAAAUCACUAUGCAGUCAGCUUCCUUCAGAUGGGGUGGCAAGUUGUGUUCCUUUCUUGGCAGAUUCUGUACGGACUUAAGGAAUUAAAAUAUCUAAACCAUUACACCUAGUGGAAUGAACAUGUGAAGACCUAAUAAAAUAACUCUUAAAAAGAUCUGGAGCACUGUUAUGGAGAACUAACUUUAAAAGCAUCAACUUCCCGCAGUUGCUGUUUUGAGACCCGGUGGCUGAAUCCGCGAGUGGGCAUAAUGAAUCGAAUUCUGCGUUCUGAUUGGCUACCCGAGCGGGCGAGAUGGGCCCAUCUUCCUUACUCGGGAUUUCCCGCGUUGGUCCCUCGCGAAAACGUUCUCCUUUUGGCUGGCCAUAUAAACCGUACAUCGAUCAAGCUUGUUCGUUCAUGGUCAAUAUAAACGCAAUCGGCAUUAUAAAAAAAACUCGGCCAGUAUCCAGCCAUCUCGACCGAAUAAGCUUGGUCAAUAACGGUAACCGGUCAUUUCGCCCUCAAGUCAUUUCGCCCUGGUUACUUAGCCCCUAUUUUCGAGUUUUUCGGAGUGGUUAAGUGACUCAUGUAUGGGGGUAUGACUUUGUUUUUGGCAGCUAAAUUACUUGAAAGUAGGGGGCUAAGUGACCAGGGCGAAGUAACUUGGGGGCGAAAUGACCAGUAACCCCUGAUCAGAAACCUCUCGCUGAGUAGACCGGUGCUCUCCUCACUGAGCUAACCGUGUGAUGUAACGUAAACCAGUCUUUGUGUUUUGGCUUCCUGGGGGCUGACAUGAUAAUUUUUAACGUAGCGUACGCUGAGCGCCCCUCACAUUGUUAACAUUCGCCUUUUUGGCUGCUCAGCUGAUAGAACAGGGACAAGAAAAGAACUGUGAACUUUCAGGAUAAAAAUGUCCAUGGUCUUAAGCACAUUGAUAACAAUACUGUUAAGCUUUUAAUUGCGUUGGUUCUGGUUUUGCAGGAUUUGAUGAGCACCGUCGUAAAAGACGGUUUGAAGUCAACAGCCGACCAAUGUUUGGAAAAUCAGACGAGAAAAGGGAGAAACUAAAGCAUCUGUUAGGAAAAAGGAAACAAAUAAAGUUCGACUCGUUUUCUAAUCCCUCUAAAGGCAACAGUGAUCUGGUAAAACUGGGUAUCAAGGUCCGAAGAAACGUGUCCACAAACAGUGAGGACUCAGAAGAGUGCUUAGAUAAGGACACUUCUCUUGGGGACCGUGGGGUUGGUACAGUUAACGAUCCUUCAAAUCAGGCCUCCACAGUAAAGGACACAGUAGUUGAUGAGAUUAGGACUGAUAGUAAUUUGGAUAGAGCACUGGCCUCUUCCGUUCCUGAUACACCUGCUCAAAUAGACAUUCGCACGCAACCUUCACCGGAAGUUACGUCACAGUUUGCGGUGUCGUUUCCAACGGAGAAAGGUGAACUCACAGAAGCGCAAUGUCUUACGAAGCGACACGCGGAGUUGAAAAAUAUCUCUUCGAGUUCACCUGCCGUGAGAAAUCUCAAGACAACGGAACAAAAUGGUUUUUCCCAGGCAACAAAUGAUAAUUUAAGAAGCAAUCAUACUUCGUCUGGUAGAUCUUUGGUCUGCUGUGAUUAUACGGACUCGAGUGACGCUUCAGACGACACUUUGUGA